AUGCAGCCUCACAAGCCUCGCGCUACGAGCCGUUCGAAGCCAGCUGGAGAUUACCUCAAACUUCAACCUCGCCCCCGUACUUGUCACAACCGUACCAUCCGGAGUGGUCUUGAUUGGUACCCUCGUUGCACCGACAUUCACGAUUUUGUGCCGCUGCCUUUGGCCUAUCUUGCACCACCAACACCGGGUUUCGACUUCAAUCCAAAUUCUCUUCGUUAUGUUAGAGAUGUGUCUUGCAACCCACCUGACUUCGGCGAUAGACACCCACUAUGUAUCACCUUACCCAAGAAGGCCGGAAUUGAAAAUGAACUCGUCUUUGCUAUGUGCACAUCCUCACGUUGGGUCACUAAAGGCCGCCGCUUCAAUGGGACUCUGCACUUACCCUCUGGCGAAGUCAAAGCGCCGAAACCUCCCGCUUCCAAUAAGAGAGGUCCUAAACGCAUGCACCUCUGGACUGAGAUCUACAAUUGCAAUGCGUCAGGCAAUCCUUGUACUCAAAAGAAAAGUACUCUCACCGAACUUGCACGCCAAUCAUCCGGCUCCAUCAAAGUCCAGUGCCCAGCUCGCUUUCUCCUCAAGAAAACAUUAACCGGCAAGAUGGAGUUUGAAUGGUAUUGGAAACAUGAGAACCACAACCCGUUCUCUGUUGAGGACAUGUGUAACAUGCAUAUGCCUCAGGUAGUUAAAUCCUGGCUCAAUGGUCGCAUCCUUGAAGGACUCACCUGGCGCACUAUUCAGCGCCUCCUGCGUUGUCCAGACCUAUUCCCCGUUUGUUACAUCCCUUUUCCCUAG